GGCAACGUUGCCAGAACCCAAGGGCAACACAGGGAAAACACACACCAGGCGAGUCUUUUUGCUCGGGUGGAGUUUCACGUCAUGUUUUAUUAUACACCUACACUCAAUUUUUUUAUCUCAUAUCCUUGGUGAACGAAAGAAAAAUACGCAUUUCAAGCCUCCUGCGUUUUGUCUCGGCUGUGCUCAGUUGUUUGCCUCCUGGUUGAAGAGUUCUCUCAACGUCUUCCCUCUGUGUGACUCUGUGUGUGUUCUCUUUCUUACGCACAUUCUACUACUUUACCGUUGUUCUGUAUGGCACCUGCUGUACAGUUAAGUGUUCCAAUUCCCACAUUAUGAGGUCGUUAUCCCAUCCGAGUCGAGGAAGGGUGUUUGGCGUCAGAACAAGCGCGUCUCGAGACGGAGGCGAUCUAUAGGAUGAGCAGCCAUGGAUAAGGUGAAAAAGGGUAGGUUGGCCAAGAGGGCCAAGUCCUUCAAAGAGGACAUCAUCGAUAUACUCUCCAACCUUCGUUCACCCCCAAACACCAACCAAGUGACCGUCAAACCAAAGGCACUGCCAAUCACUACCAGUGUGACCAACGGAAACGAGAAAGAUCACAAGAAAGAAUUGCUUUGCCUCAUUGAAGACCUGCCUUCGUGCAUCACCCUCAAUCAGCACUUCACCAACGUAAUCAACAAAAACAUACUUCAGGUGAGAUACGCCUUGAAGUUCUACGAAGAUGUUGUGGUGAAAAAUACUCUGGAAUUGGUGGCCGGUUCUGCCUCUAUUGUCUUGGAGAAUGUUUUCAGUAUUUUGACAGCAUUGGGGAAUGUCUCACCUCCAUCGGGGGAGCACAGCUCUUCACUUAUAUCUGCCACAAAUCUGGUGCACCAAGCACUUUCUCAACUCAUUAGAUGGUCAGACGACAUUCUUCUUCAAACCACGACAAACGAUGGCAGAUCAACGCCUACAAUCACUGCCGAAUCUUCACUGCAAUCAGAAGUUAGGACGGUCGUUGAUGGCCUCAAAAUCGCCAUCAACGAUCUCGUCCAGGUCGUUAUACACAAAGCGGCCAACAAGAUACCUCCACCGUCAACUCCGCAGUGCGCCUCGCCAGCUUUAUACGACGCAUCUCCGCUGAGGCCACUCAGCGACAAGGAUACUGUUGAUGGUUUGUUACCCGCGCCCAGCCUCAAUCGCGUUUCAAAAUCCUCAGACGGAAGUUUGUUAGAGGACGCACCCGGUAGUGUAGAUUGGAGCUCAGAUUCGUUGCCCGAGGAGCUGGAUCAAUCCCCGCCACCGAAACCACCUUUACCUCUUAAAGGCCUACUUAGUGAUUUUGUAGGCGAAAUGGCCGCCUUGUCCAUCCAGGAUCCUCUAACUCCACCUCCGUUGCCGCCUAAAAAGAGAUCCAUAGGCGGCAGUUUAUCGCCGAUGGGCGGCUGGUCCAUCAGUCCAUUCAGCCCAGGCUGGGGGAACCCACCUGCGCUCCCAGAUUUGGUGCCCAGCCAACCCUGGUUGAACGAGAGCUUUGAUUCGGUUAUGCACAGCAACUCGCUUGUCAUGCACGGAAUGUUUGAACGUCAGACCCAAUCGGGAUGGGAUUCGUCUCAGGAGCGCCGUAGAGACGUAACGAUGGCAGCAAGUUCCACCAGCGUUUUCUCUUCAUCUUCGACAUCUUCAUACGCAUCGUACAACACAUCUCAUCACCAAUCGUCCUCAUCCGCUUUCCAGUGUUCGACUUCUACAGCCACCACUUUAGCCUCGACGAAAAUGUCAUCCAGCGAGGAUAACGUGAACGUUCUUGCCGUGCCGCCAGCCUUACCGGUCAAACGCCGCCAACGAGCCAACAGAUUGCCAUCUCAAUACGAUAACGUCGAUCAGGCAGAUUGCGGCACUUCACCGUGUUCGUCGUUAGCCGGUUUUAUGGCCGUCAAACAGGAGGAAAUAGAAGCGUUUCAUUUCAGCGAAGAGAAGCGAGUUCAAACUUCUUCAGCGGGUGGCGCUACCAGUACGACGGUGCAAAUGCACCGCGAGUACAGCAGCCACGUCGAGCAACUGGUGACGAUUAAUAGCAGUGGCAGCGGAAAUGCUCCACCACUUCCGCCCAAAAAGCGACACGUCAAAGAAUACAUGGCAGCUGUGGGCAAGUAUUCGCAACCCAGCGAAGUCGAGAUUUUUAGAAAGUCGAUGGAAGCUUAUUAUCAAAAGGCUGCGCAAUGGCAAACUCACAGCGAGUGCGAAUCAUUUCCAUCGCGGAGCAAUAGCUAUAUGGCCACCCCGUCGCUUUUGCCGCCAGUACUGCCACCCAAAAAAGGCCGAUCGUCCAUCAGCUACAGCGCGGCGUUGGCCCUACCUGAAAUCCCGACAACGACGCCCGAAGCCGACUCGCGACCCACAACUCCACCCCGCGUUAUGGCCGCAAUCAAAGGACCACCUCCCAUCACCACUAAUGAAGCAGACAAAAUCGACCCUGAAUCGGACAACGAAGAUGGAAUGGAACAGAUUGACCUUAGCGCAGAUCUCGUCCUCAAGCAGCCAGAAGACGAAGGCCCCGAAGUUCGAGGCGGCGGCCUCGAUGCGCUCAUCACGCACGCAGCUAAACUCAACAAGGACGACUACCUCUAUCAGACGGCCUUCUUGACGACAUACAGAACGUUCAUCACACCAUCCGAGUUGACUCGCAAACUCAUUCACAGGUUCCAUCACUUUCUGCGGUCGCCAGAUGUCCACCUCCAGCGGGUUGGCCGCAGCGCUUUCUCUUUGCUGAUUGGCGUGGUGGACGAUCUGGCCCUGUCGGAAUUGGAAGACAAAUUGAUGCGUCAAAUCAUCGACUUUCAAAGCCAACUCAUCCGCAGCGGAGAUUUAGUCCUGGCCAAGGCGCUCAGGAAAAAGUUCCUGGAAAAAUGCACUGCCCGCCGAUUAAGAAUUAAUGUCGCUCAAAUUCCUCCGGUGCCAGCCAGCCUUGGUGUAACGACGCGACAGAGUCACCUUUUGGACUUUAAAUCGAGCGAGUUGGCUGAACAAAUGACUCUGUUGGAUGCUGAAUUGUUUUUGCGCAUCGAAAUUCCCGAGGUGCUUGUAUGGGCGCAGGAGCAGAACGAAGAAAAGUCGCCGAAUUUGACGUUGUUUACCGAGCACUUUAACAAAAUGUCGUACUGGGCCCGUUCGAGGAUUCUGGAACAAGCAGAAGCCCGUGACCGGGAACGAUACGUCGUUAAAUACAUCAAGAUCAUGAAGCAUUUGAGGCGACUGAACAAUUUCAAUUCGUAUCUUGCCUUGCUCUCCGCACUCGAUUCAGCGCCCGUGCGUCGAUUGGAGUGGCAAAAAUCCAUCACUGACGGACUACAGGAAUAUUGUGCGCUGAUUGACAGUUCGUCUUCCUUCCGAGCUUACCGACAGGCAUUGGCUGAAACGCAGCCCCCGUGUAUCCCGUACAUUGGCCUUAUCCUGCAGGACCUGACCUUCGUACACAUUGGCAAUCCGGACACGUUAAGCGACAACCGGAUUAAUUUUGGCAAACGCUGGCAGCAGUUCCAUAUUAUAGAGAAUAUGCGACGCUUUCAGAAAUGUCACUAUCAAUUCAAACGCAACGAUCGCAUCGUCGCCUUUUUCAACGAGUUUAAUGACUCUCUUUGCGAGGAGUCCAUGUGGCAAAUUUCCGAAUCUAUCAGGCCGAGAGGAUCGAAUAACAGUUCCUCCGCGGCCAAAAAAUGAGAGAGAGAGAGAGAGUGAAAAAACGAACCGACAGUCUUAUUAUUUCAUCAGACAAUUUGUUUUUACUCUACCGAAAAUCACACUUAUGUUACAAAUACCCAGAAAUGUUUUUAAAUAAGGAAACGUCAGCUACAAAAUAUUUUAUCGUCGUGUAUGUUUUUAACAUCCUAAACGAAGGGUCGUUAUUGUUUUGUAAACCUGUUAUUCAUGGCGUAUGUUUUAAUCGUGUAUUGUUGUUUUGUAUCGUGUCAGUGUUUAUUAGGAAACAGAAACCAGUCGUUACGGGCCAUUUGAAUCGUCCUUAAAGCAGUGAAACGUUUCUACUUGAAUUAUGGCAGAAUGUACUGAAUCAUGUUAUAACCGAAUAUAGCCUGAUACGGGCAAUGGUGUAUGUGAAUGUUCAAAAUCGUUCAUGGCGUGAAAUGUUUCGUGUACUUCAAAUUCGAAUCAAAAAGACGAAAAAAGAACGGACGUACACACACGGAUGUUCUGCAGUGAAAUUACUAAGACUUAAUGAUGAUCGAAUGUUGCAUUUUUCGUUGCGUUUGUUAUUAUUGGCGGUUGUCCCAAGCUGCUUUCAAUCCAUUGUGACCCCUCAGCCCUCACCCCAUCUCUACGCGUCAGUCUUGCUAUUUUGUUCACUAGCCCGUUGUUGGUUUUCUAGAGCCUCACCUCUAAAAAAUUGGAUAUUGGAAUAAAUAUUAUAUAAUCAAA